UCAGCUCUAUCUUUCCACUCUUUGACGACAGUACGGCCUCCAUAUUGUUAACGUUGUUAAACCUUCUGACCGGUGUUACAGUUAGUUAUUAACGUGACAACGAUGAAGCGCAACGCAUGUCUUUGGGUGGCUUUAUCCGCUUACCUUGUGCAGCAAUGCGUUUGUCAACAGCAGCUAAAAUCUUCAAACAUACAAGAAGAUCCAUGUAAAUCUAAAACUAAAGUGGUCCCUGAUGCAUCUUAUUGUGAUCGUUAUUGGGAAUGCAAUGAUGGUCAACCAGAACUCUACGACUGUCCAAAUGGGUUGGUUUAUGCAGGUAAACAUAGGGGUGUGACUGAAGGAUGUGACUAUCCAUGGAGAUCCGAUUACUGCGAAGGCAAAACUCAAGCUAAUGGGCCCAUAUCUCGUGAUCACUGCGAUUGGUUAUAUGGUAUAUUUGGUCACGAAACGUCGUGCACUCGGUACUGGACAUGUUGGAAUGGAACAGCCACUGAACAAUUAUGUAUUGGUGGAUUGCUAUACAAUGAAGAUACUCAUUCCUGCGACUGGCCUGAGAACGUUGAGGGUUGUCAAAAACACCCUCUUUGUAACGAGGACGCCAAUGGAAACGUACCGCUUGGAAAAUCUUGUAAUAGAUACUGGCAAUGUCAAGGAGGUUAUCCGAGGUUACAAAGGUGUCCUGCUAUGCUGGUGUUUGACAAGAGAACUCUGAGAUGUGUAGUGCCACCCACUGAAGACUGUGAAGUACCAUCCACUCCUGCUCCAUCACCAGAUGACUUACCUGCUAAUGAAGAGGAAGGUGGUAAUAGCGAAGAAAACAUUCCCGCUCAACCUCAACAACCACUGCAACAACAGCAGCCUAAAACUAACACUCCACAACGUCAGCAACCGCAAAGAAGUUCUCAGCAGUCACAACAACAACAGCGGCAGCCACAGCAACAGAGACAGCAACAACCACAACAAUUUCAACCCCAGCAACAGAGACAGCAACAACCACAACAAUUUCAGCCACAGCAACAACAACCUCAGCAAUUGCAACAACAAACACAGCAAUUGCCACAACAACAAGCGUCACAACAAUUUAGAGCUCAGCCUCAACAACAGUUCCAAAUCAAUCAGCAAAGACCCCAACAGUUCCAACUUCCUCCAAUAGCUGAACAACAACAACAGUAAUAAUAUACUUAGCACACGAGAAAAGAAUCAUUUAAUAAUGAUAACUUGUUACAGUAACAACAACUGGCUGCACUAGUAUAAUGUUUCUGUGAAUUAUUAUUUUUUUAUACUUACUACUCAAUAAUUUCCGGUUCUUCUAAUUACAGACAAAACUUGCAAUACAUUUUUAAAAUAUUAUGCUUGGAUACCUAAUUCAAUGAAUAUAUUGUUAGUAUUUGAGUAUUACCUUCUUAUGUAUCAACUUAUGCCAGUUAAUUUAUUAUGCCUUUUCAAAAUGUAACUUGAAACCGUUUAUGCAUUUAAAUAUAUUUUUAUUCAUUAAUUUUUAACACAUUUUAAAAACUGUUUAUAACAUUUUUUAUUGUUAAAUAAUACGAAAAAAAUUAGACAAAUAAUUGUUAAAUAUACAUUAAGUUUUUUUCUAUAUAAUUUUAGAUAUUUCAUUGUAAUUACCAAAGGACUGAAUGAACGCAAU